AUGAACAAUCCCGAAACUGCCGAGUUCCUGUGCGGCCUUGCAGACACGGACGUCACUUUCGAUCCACCACCCGAGCCGCCUCUCCACCUGUCCCGCCAAACUUGGGUGAUCGAGAAGAAGCUCUCUGAACGAUCUCAGCGGAUGACGCAGCAGGACGUUUCCGAUGGCCUGGGACUACCAUACGCAGCUGCUAAGUUCAUCUGCCAUCGCAAGGAAAAUCCUAGCAAGAAGGCUUUUAUGCGGAUUUAUCUUCAAAUUCCUGUCAUUGACACUCUAUACCAGAGCCCUCAGAUUCGACGAAAGCAGGCUGCUAAGCCACGGCAGCACAUCGAGUUGACGACCUUGAAAGCGCUCAAGAAAUGGGAUUGCGAUGUUGGAAAGCAAGGCGAAGAUAGUAUCGUUCCGGGAGGUUACAUCACUUAUGUGGUCUGGGAUAAAGUCCCCGGGGAGCCUCUGAGCCCAGAAGAAUUCUGGGAGCUAGAUCUUGAGUCACGCCAAGCGAUCCGCGAUAAAUUCCGUGAAGCCUUUCCGCAUUUUUCAGGGGUUUCACGCGCAGGCCGUACUGAUACAAACGAAGAGUGGCAUGACAAGUACUACGUUCUGUUUCGUUUGGCCAAGCCAUCUCCAAAGACAGACUGGGUCAAGGAUCCCACACAGUGGACUUGGUGA